AUGGCCACUGCUAUUCACUGGAGGAAAGAUGACCAAUUUAAGCAAACAAUAAACGCAAAUGAAAAUCCAAUGAAAGUAGUCAUUCAGCGUGUACCUUCGUAUACAUUAAAUGAAGUCAACACAUCUAAGCGUCAAAAAUUGAAUAGUGAUUACAAAGUGACUGCUGACGAAGCCAAUCGUGCCAAAGUACGAUUCGCAGAUAGCCACAAGCCAACAACCGACAGUAGUUUAACCAAAAAUGCUGAGGAUGGCAAUCAAACAUCGACACAAGAAUGCAAAAAUAUAGAAGAUAGAAUGGCAGAUAUCUCUUCAUCUCGGACAAUGAAAGCCGGUAGUAAAAUUAUGAAUGAAAUAGAAUCUAUGACCAAAGCUAGAAGUAAAGCUACACAUGGUAGUGAUAGAAAAGCAUUGGAAAAUGAUGAGAUAAAUGACUGGAAGACAAAAGGCCAUGCAGUAAAUAAUGCAGGAAGAAAAAUCUCGCCGGCUUUCAAUGUGGAGACUUGCUCUAUUUCGAAGAGGAAGAUAGCAACUGCUCCCGCUCCUCCAAACUAUAAGGGUUUUAAUCUUUUCGAGGAGUACACUACAACGAUAAAAGAGAAAGAACCUGUUAUAGUUAAAAGGAUUAGCCAAAGAGUACGAAAUAAUGUGGGUAAUCAAAUGAACUUGCGCUUCAAUAAACCCACAACGACUACAACCCAGAAUAAUAAAAAGCCAGUAAUAAUCUCAAAAGGUAAAAAGACUAUUCGAAAAAUCCAGCGCUACGCCGAGAAAGAAGUCAAUCUAAAGUACAAGCCCCCCGUCACUCAAAUAACGCCAUAUUCUUGGCGUGAGGGCAAAGAAGCCAUUCGGAACGCUUUUAAAGAGACGAAAUCAUCUCAACCUACAAGUAAAUCCCCUCCACCACAGCAGGAUUACUCUAGAACUUCAUCAUCUGCUUCCUCUUCAUCAACUUAUUCAGCAAUGAGAGCAAGUACUCCUACGUCGUCAAAAGGAGUUAGUGAUGCUAACUAUAAAAGUGAUUUAGAAAAAAAUGAGGAGGAUCAAAGUAGUAGUAAAGAAAAAGAGGACUCGAUAUAUAACGAUCGCUUUGAAGAUACGUCACCAACUGAGAGUGAUGACGAUAAUACCGAAUAUCGAGGAAUAGCCGAUCAAAUAUUACGCGAAUUAAAAGAAGAUACCACAAAUAACCAACAGUCUAUCAAUAAAUCGUCAAAGAAUACUGCUCGGAAACGUAAAGCGGCUCUAACAAAGACUCAAGAACAUGCAAAACCGUUGCCAAAGCAGCGUCAUUAUGAUCAGAAAGAAGUACAAGAGUAUCAAAAGAAAAAAAACAAUUUACGAAAUAAGCAACGUCUUGAACAGAGAAAAAAAGAAAAGCUUCAUAACGAUGAGAAGCGGCGGCGGUUGCAGGAUCUUUAUAAUCAACAAAAAGCUUUACUCGCCGCUAAUUUACGACAAUCAAGAAAAAAAGUCACAAAAUUUCAUAUUGUACAGCAAGGAACUUUUACUUCUAGUACCGCUGAGCAGGACUAUAGAUUUAUAAAUAACGUGCAGAACACAGACAUAAAUCCACGUAAGAAAAUAUUCAAUAUCGAAUCAGAUAUACCAAAUGUCUGGCAGCCACCAAUAUCAACUUUGCAUAAUUAUGAAGAACAAGUUGAAUCUAGUAAUGGAGAGAAUCAAAUCACAGAUAGUGCUUCUUCUACGAUUACUAAUACUAUAGAAGGAAAAUCUAAUCAAUUUAAAGACAAUACCUCUAUGAAUGGAAGCAGUUCGGGUGGCUCGCGCUAUCAUAAUGGAGAAAAUGAGAUAAUCUCUCAACAGCAUCACGACUCUGUAAUUACUGAAAAUCAAUCCACUAAAGUAAGGCGCAUUGAAUCCAUAAAGGCAGCUGCUAUUCUGUUAAAAGAUAGGAUUGAAGCAGAGACGAGAAAGUUCAUGGCCUUGCAAGCUGCUAAGAAAAGUCAACAGAUAAGUCCAUCCAUUCCUCAAAAUUACGCUAUACAGCUUUCACAGGAUAGCACAGAGGAUAAAGACGUCACUUUAAGUACUUUUCAUCGAGACAUUGAUCAAGAACGUGAAUUACCAGGAAUACAAAACUUAAAGUUAUUAGCCAAACAUAAUCAUGAAGAGAUAAUUCAAAAUAGAGCUGCAUCUAUCAUUCAGGCGUAUUAUCGAGGUCACCAGGUCAGGAAUACGAUCAAAAAAGGAAAUCUCCUUCCAGUAGCUCUUAAGUUACAAGUUAUUGAAGAUCAAGUAAAUGAUCAAAGUUUGGAUAGUCAAUAUGCUAAAUCAAAUAAGCUACAAACCAGUAAUAUCCAUCAAGAAUUUACAGCAAAUGAUCAAAACGCAGAUGAACUGUAUAAUGUAACAUCUAGUGAUAACAUUAAUCAAAGCUAUGUUAAUGGUAAACCAAGCGUUUCGAUUCAAACAACAUCUCGCUUUGACGAACUAUAUAAGAAAGCCAUUGAUGCUUUGGAAGCUUCCAAAGCUGCGAUUGGACCAUUGGAUCUUGACGAUGAAGAGCAAUGUGAUGAUCGAAAAAGUUUUGAAGGAAGCAAUUCUGAUUCAGUAUCCAAUGAGAAGCUGGGGGAGCCUGAAAAUCUUCAGUCACCAUGGAGGAAAAGCUUACCUUCCGCUUUUCCUAACAACUAUGGCUAUACCGACAAUGUUCAAUUGAAUUCUUACAGUGUUAGCACCGUGUCGUUAAUGAUUAGAAAUUCCAAUAGAAGAUAUAAAGAAAAUUUUAGAAAUAAUCGUGACCAUGAUGUUCAGCCGUUGAGUGGUAUUGCAAAAGGGAGCUCAUCAUUACAGGAUUUGGACUAUGAAAAUGAUUUCGAAGAAUUAUCCAAAUCGCAAAUAUCAGAUCGCACUGAUCAGUACAGUACUUCAUUUGAAGAACCUUCAGCUGAUAAAAUAACUGCUGCUGACGUGCUAUCGGAAUCAAUAUCUCAACGUGAUUCUGUUAAUGACUCUAAUAUUGCGAGAGGUGAUUCAAACAAUGAUUAUGAUGUGGCGAGCCGGAUCAGCUUAGAUUCAGCUAAGGAAACAGUACAAGCGCCUUCGAGAUCUGCUAAUAAUCUGGUAUCUCCUAAUGCUCAACCGCCUAAGCUUCUAGAAUCAGAAAUUUUUAGCAAUUCAAAUACAACUGAAGACGAUAAUGCCGUAAAGGAACCUCAUCACAAGCUAUCUGACAAUAGUCAAGCGAAGACAUUUUUAGAUAACGUUACGCAAACGGAUCGUCCUAUCAAGCACGAACUAUCAGAAAAGCGCUUGUCUCCUGCAGAUCUCGAACGACGUCUUCAUGCGGAAUUACAAUAUUUAGAAUCUAUCGAUGAGUCAGUUCGUCAGCUAAGCCAAGUAGAAAAAGCUCGAGCCAUUUCAUUUGCUCAACAAGAAACCGUUUCACUAGCUCAAAUUCUUAAGGCAAGGCAGUACGAACAUAUGCAAGAAAUGGAUAAAUAUAAGUCUGCUGCGGAAAGAGACAACUUGGAGGUGCAAAAGCGAUUUGACGAAGCAAAAGAUGUUUUAAAGUCGGCUUCUGAAUUAACUAGCCAGAAGCUUGCCGAAAUUAAAUCGGAAGCUUCAGAGUCGGUUCGAAGUGCGGCUCAAAGGUUAAAAGAGGUGGAAUCCGCCAUUUCUCAAACAGCAAUAAAUUUUACACAGCAGUUGCAAUCGGCCCAUUCUGCUACAGUAGCCAAGCUAGCGGAUACUGUUGCAGAUCACAUUGUGAAUGCCAAGAGUUUGGCUAUUGAAACAGCUAGUAAUGCCGCAACUGCCACUAUUCAGUCAGUACUAAACAAGGAUGUUCGCGAUCUUAGAAAAGACGGUGGCGAUAGUUAUAAAAUAUCUGAAACUUCAUCAAAUGAUACCGUCAGUUAUGGAUCCUAUUCCUCUAAAUUUUCAUCACCUAUAUCGAAUAAGCAAUCAGAGGUUGCUGAGGCCAGCAAGGCAUCGAAUUCAUCAUUCUCAAAAUCCAAUGUUGAAAAUAGUGUCGUGUCUGAACAUUUAUCAAACGAUUCCGGCCAAAAUCGCUCAAGUAAAACUUCAAUUACUGAUUCGAGUGCUAGCUUCGCCAAAGAAUUAUCUGUUACCGCUUCAUCCGAAAAAGAUAUAAGCGAAAACAUCGAUGUGAGGUCAUCUGGUUCGCAUGAUUAUACUUCACGAUUUGAAGACCUUUCUUCAUCAUCGACUAUACAAGAAACAGCGGAUGCAGACAAGUCCUUUCAUGAAGUUUUGCCAUCCGUUAGCCAUCGUCGACGCUAUAGCUCAGAAAAUGGUCAAUCUAAUAUCGACAUUUCUGACACUGCAAGCAUCUCAUAUAGUUCGCAAUAUAUGAAGGAAGAAAUGGUGCGCGCUAAACAUCAAGCCGCUCUACUAAAUCUGCGUGAGAAAGUAGUGCAAGAAAAAACAGAAGCCGAAAUAGCGUGGCUAGAACAUCUGAAAAAAAAAUUUCGUAGUAAGGGUGAAGACGACAAAAUGCCUAUGUUGCGUAAGCGUCAAAGGAGCCUUUUACUACAUCUCCAGGCUGAACAGGCUGAAAUUAAGCGACUCAAGGCUGCCAAUCGAGCUGCACAAGAAGAGCGAAAAUUAAUUAUGUAUCAACAAAAGGAAAUUGAUCGUAUUAGAAAAACAACUCAAGCAUAUCGUGGUAAAUUAUCUAAGCAUAAAUCAAAAGAUGAUAAGAACGCAUCAGUAUUAGAUCAAAAACUGACUGGUAGUGAUAUUAGCGCAGAAGAUGAGGUCAUGGAUUCAAGGCUACCUGCGGGAUUGUCCACGUCUCCUGAUGUCGUUUCUGUCGCAUCGAAAAGUGAUGACUCAACUCCAACAGAAACUACUGUUAUGAAAAAAUUGAAAAAUAUGCAGAAACACUUUUCGGAAAGAUUUUUAACUCCCCGUGAGCAAAAGUUACAGCGUCGUCGCAAAGAAGCUGAUGCAUUAUUAGAUAAGCAAAAGCGUCUGCUAACAUGGAAAAAUGAUUUGGAUGAAGAGCAGGGUGCAAUUAAUCUUACAUUAGAUAAAGUCGCUGAACUCGGAACUAGCCAGCUAAUAGAAUCAACAUCUAAAGGAGCAAAGAUAGGAACAGCCAAAAAGUUUUCUACCGAUGAAUUCAAUGAUCAUGAUAGUUCAAAUCUAGCAGAACACGACGCUAUCAAAAAUACAACAAAACAAAGUCCUAACAUAUCACUCAAUGAUGAGUAUAAUCAUAUUACAAGUUCGAGUAAUGAUAGUGUAGAAGUGACACCAAGCCAAUCUAAAUUAGAUAGCUCCGACUUAGGUGACUCUUACACUCGGAGUCAGAACUCAGACUCUAUUGCUGAGGAAAUUUCAAACGAAAGUAAAUCGAUAUCUACAACAAACGAGGGUACUCAAGAAAAUGAUGAAAUGUUUGGAGAUUUGCAUUCUAUUAACUCUUUAGCUAGUGUUCCACUGGAGAACGAAUCAUCUCAGAAAGAGAUUAACUCCGGAAAAGCUUCGAAUUCUAUCCCGUCAGAAUAUGCUAAUAGCACGUUUGAAUCUUCUGAACCAAGUACGUUGCAUACGGCCUCUGCCUCUAGUCAGGCAAUACAGGAAAGCCUCGACGAGAUUUCAGCUUCAAAAAAAUUUAGUGAUAAGCAAUAUUCAAGCGCAGCUUUGGCGAACAAAUCAGCCAACAGUUAUUCUUCUUACUCAAAUACUUUCGUUAGCAGUGAAGACGAAGCUUCUGCUAACGAGUCUCAAACGACAACAGAAACUGCGUCUGAUCUCAGCGAUAUUGAGGGAAGAAUACGAAAAUUAGCUACGGAAUUACAGCUACGUCGACAAAUUGCAAAAGAUUUAAUUAAAGAGAAAAAAAAAUUAGAGAAAGAUAGACUAAGAAAGCAGGAAGAACAACUUCGCGCAGAAUUAAAUAAAGUAGAGACCUUUAUUAGCAAAGUUAAGUCAGAAAUUUCGGAUAAAUCUCAGGAAUUUGCACAUUCAAGUGUAGUUAAACCCCCCACAAAUGCAGCGUUGGAGCAGAAAUUGGUCAAUCUUAAUAAGAGUCUCAGUGAACGUAAAAAGGCGUCAAAAGUUAUAUCUAAUGUUUCUGUACCGAUUCAGACACAACUUCAAUCUAGUGAAGAGAACAGUUAUUCGUCGAUUCAGUCUCAUAAUAAUAUGUCCAAGAAAUCUGGUAAUGAGAAUACAGGAUCAAGCACGCAAAAAUCAGUAUCUCCUCUGCCUAUUGAGGAUAAUUUAGAAGCUAGUUUAUCUGAUGUUGAUAUUGAAUCAAAUUUAAUAAUAAAUGCUAAAAGUAAUGAUUCGGAAGAUAAGCAUGUCGUUGCCGAAAUGCCAAGAAAUGAUCAACCACAAGAUAAUGAACUCGAAAAAGCGCUUUCUGAAGUUGGUAAUAGCGAUAUUACAAGAUCAUCAAGUGGGACAGUUACUCCUCAUUCUGAUGUCAAUUCAAGUGUUCCCUCUUCCAUAGAUGAUAUUCAGCACGACAUGAUUAUAAUUGAGAGGCAUACAGAAGAUGACAGUAGCGGUAAAAUGUCUAAAACCUCGGCUAGAAAGAGUCAGGACAACAUUUCGGUAUCAUCAAGUAGGACUGUAACUCCUGUAUUCGAUGAUAAUAAGGAUGAAGAGCACGAUUACGUUGAUUACUCAGACGAUUGGGAUGGAUCUACUGAAAAUGCUACGCAACAACGGGGAGACGACAAGGACUUGUCCAUUCUGGAAGAUGAAGACAUUUCGAAAGCCUCCAGUAAUAAAAACGUCGUCAAACCUUCUGUGGACGAAAUCUUAGAAGAUGUAUCAGAUCGUUUUAUAGCAGAUUCUGCUGAUACAUCCGUAGAAGAAGACAUAAAAUCACAGGCAUCCAAUAUCGAUGUUUCUUCGGCUUCAACUAUUUCUGCUAAUAGUCCCAUUGGAGGUAAUAUAGAAUUAAAUGAUCCACAAGAUUCUUUCGCCUCCAAUACUUACUCUAGUAGCAAAGCUUCAACAAAUCUUAAGAGUAAUAGGAGUACUUCACGCGUCGAAAGUAUUUUAAACGAUGCUCAAGGUGCAGAGAAUGAGAAGAGUAAUGAAAUAUCGCCUAAACCUGAUGCAGAUGACUGGCACGAACCACCUAUAGAUUCAGAAAAAUUAGAUACAUCUAUAUCUGAAGAUAUUUCAGAAUCUAUCGAAGACGAUACUUCCAAUAAAUCAUCAGUAAGCAUCGAAAAGGAAACGUUACGAUACGGUGAGGACUUCCCCGCAGACGAAACCCCUGCUAAUGUAAUGCAUACAACAUCUGAUGUCGUUGGUAGUCUUUCUGAUAAAAGUAUUGAUUCAGAUGUGAAACAAGAAAGAUCUGAAUCGGCCUUGUCGCGUAGUGCAGCUAGUGAUGAAGAAAACUCCUUAGAAAGUAAUCGAAACGUAGAUCCAAUGAUAUCUAGGACACCUGAUCAUUCAUCUCACGAUGAGAUUGAUACUGAAAUGGGGGAUCUUUCUAAUAAAGAUUAUCUUUCAGAUAGCAAUAAAGAUAAAGAAUUAGUAGAUCCUUCACAAGAUUUAGCAAAUAAGGAGGCAGAAUAUUCAGACACAAACUAUUUAUCUGACGCCUUUUCUGGCAUUUCUUCAUCCGAUAUUGGUGAAAAGGAUGAUCAAACAAUUGCUACUACGUCACGCGAAUCAUACCAAUGGAAUAGUCUUGAAACUGUUACGACGAACAUGACGGUAAAUUUAUUAGACGAUGCAUUGCUUGCAGUAUUUAAGGUACGAUUGUCGAAGGAAAGCCGUACCAAAGCACAGGAAUCUGCCUCGCAUGAUCAAGAAGUAAUGAGUGCUGAAAAACCGAAUGUCUUACCGUUUCAAUCCCAGACCGCUGCAAUAGAAGAUCUGAAAGGUGAUGAUACACCUUCCUUACUCAACUUAUCUGAACUACCGGAACCUUCAGUACCUCGUAGUAAAUUAAACGACUUGAAAAACUUUGAUAUGGAAGUAGAUGAGUUAUACCAUGAUUUUGAGAAUAACAGCCAAAAUUAUCAGGAUUUCAUCCACGAAGUCUUACCUGAAGAUGAACCGACAGUUACACCUGAAACCAAUCAGGAGGUAAUUCAGUAUUUUGUCCCGCAUACGGAAGAGUACAUUAAAGAAAUUGUCUCUACAGCUACUGACCAAAUUAUUAGCCAUCACAACUUGAAUGGCGCUGAUGUUGAAAUAAAAUGCCCGGAAAAUUUUAACUAUAAUGAAACUGACAUUAAGGCUGAUACCGAGUUUGAAAAAUCUAGCCUUCGUUCAUAUCAUGUGAUGAUUUUUGACUUAGUCAAAGAAAUCCUAGAUGAAUAUUAUGAUUACAAUAAAAAUGCAAAUGUCAAUUUACCUUUGUGGAUGAAGCCUAAACGCCUUCGGUUACCAGCCCGUCUGCGUGGUACUCCUUUGAAUGCAAGUAAUAAAACUAUAAAAGAACAUACAAUUGGCUACGUAGUAGAACUCCUUAAACUUAAAACUGGAAAAGGUUCAGUUUCAAAGAAAAAUUUAAAAAAAGACUUGGUGGAUUCUAUAUUAGCACAAGAAUUGGCCGAAGAGGAACCUGACUGGAUUGAUUACGACAAGGAUGAAACGUGCGUAAAAAUGCAAGUAGCCGACUCUAUACUGUCGAGCUUGCUAGAAGAAACAUCUUCCAUAUUUAAAAAUACUAAAUGCAUGACCGAUGUAUACGAGUAG